GGGCCCAGCGCGGGGCAGGAGGGAGACGCCCCCGGCUAAGCACCGCCCUGCGGUCCCGGGCUGCGUUGGGCUGCAAGCGUCUCUUCUCUGGCGGUGCCGCGAGGCUGCGCGCGUAGGGUGAGGCGGUGGGCGAGGCGGAGGCGCUGCGUGCGGAGGCUUUCUGCUUUCCUGAAUCCAGCAGAGGAUCAAAGCCAGCAGAAAGAGAGGAAGUAGAAGAAAACACUUCAAGAAAACUGAACAUUUGCACUCGUGUUGUGAGCUGCUUUGGUGGUGAAAGGAACUUGCUGAGCCAGAAAGAUGCGUGAGUAUACGGAAAAGAAGGAAACAUGUGGGACUAUCUGUCUCAAGUACUUGCUCUUCAUCUUCAACUUUUUUUUCUGGCUGGCUGGCGGGGCUGUGAUGGCAGUAGGCAUCUGGACCCUAGCUGAGAAGAGUGACUACAUCAGCCUGCUCUCUUCCAGCACAUAUUCAGCAACUGCUUAUAUUCUGGUGGUGGCUGGAGUGGUUGUCAUGGUUACCGGCAUCCUUGGUUGCUGUGCUACAUUCAAAGAGCGUCGGAAUUUGCUAAGAGUGUACUUCAUAUUGUUGCUGUGCAUCUUUCUCCUGGAGAUCAUUGCGGGAAUCCUGGCCUAUGUCUACUACCAGCAGCUGAGCAUGGAACUGAAGCAAAAUUUGAAGAACACCAUGACCCAGAAGUACCGGCAGGCGGGAGAAGAGAGUGUAACCAGCGCAGUAGACAAACUGCAGCAGGAAUUCAAGUGCUGUGGGAGCAACAACUACACAGACUGGGCUGACAGCCUGUGGAUCAGAUCUCAAGAGGCCAGUGGACGGAAAGUCCCAGACAGCUGCUGUAAGACGAUAACCGACCUGUGUGGCCGAAGAGACCAUCCUUCCAACAUCUACAAGGAGAACGGUUGUAUCACCAAGCUGGAAAACUUCAUUCAAGAGCAUCUGAAAAUUAUCGGGGCAGUGGGGAUCAGCAUUGCUUGCGUGCAGAUCUUUGGCAUGAUUUUCACCUGCUGCUUGUACAAGAGUUUAAAGCAAGAACCAUAUUAAUAGCUGCGGGAACUCUGUUGCUUUCCCUCUGCCACUUCCCUUAGUGCCUGCCAACCCAACGACUCUCUCCCACUACCACAGAAGUAUCCGUAACCUGAGGACGUGGCGCCGUAAUUAAAUGCCUCAAACCACGCAUCGCCUUACCUGCCCCUCUGGGGGAAAGUCAUCCUCCUUGUUGUGACAAGGCAGCCAGGAAUUCAGUGGAAUUUUUUUGUCAAGAAACAAAAGAUCUGUGGAUCUUCUACUAGAAGCUUUAGCAAAACAGUCCCUUAAUACAACUACAAAGCAAGAUUUAUCCAGGGCCACUUCUCUUGAGACUUUUCCUGAGCCAGCCUGAAGGUAUCAGAAUGCUGUACAAGAACAAUGGUUUGCUCUCUGAGAAGUGGCUCAGCAGCACCAGGUAUUGACUGUGAGGACAGAUGAUGUUUCUGCGCUGAGCUGGAGCCAGAGCUGAGUCUCAUACAUGGAAGAUUUCUCUCCCUCCUCCCAAGUGUGCACCAAUGUUCUAACACAGCUGUUUACCUGAGAGGAUGGCUGCCUGGUGGCAUGGUGCAGGAGCUACUCUCUGCUGACUGGGAGCUCAACUUCGUGCUGCUGAAAUCUUGUCAUGACUCUGAUCUGCUGAGAUGUGGGUGCCUUAGGAAGCAAUCUUUCCUCCUCUUCUUUCAAGUUUCCUCCAGCACAGUGACAUUAGGAGCUGCAACAGGCCUUUUGCUUCCUGGUGAUUCUGGAGCAAAGAUGAUGGACUACUUUCUGUUUCUUUAAGGUCUAAUCUGUUUUAUUGAGUGGCUUCCAGUGUGAGUGAGAAAACUUUGUUUCCUCAUACUUGUCCCCUGCUGAGGUUUGGUGAAGAACUGGUCUGUCUGGGGAGCUGGCAUAUCUUGUCACCUUUUGGUUUGUUUGGUUAGUAGAAAUACCUUCUCACAUCUCUUACGUAGAUGCUCUUGGCUUGAUUUUUCUUAUUAAAACCUCCAGGCUUGUCUCCUAGGCAAGAAAUGAAUAUAUACAAAUGUUUUAUCAGCCUCCCCUCCAGAUUGCUCAUCAGUCAGGUUUUAAUGAGAUCUGGAAGCCCACUUUACUGGUUACUUCCAACAAGGUCAAGAUAGUCAGCUUCUACCAGUUGCCCCAGUGUACUU